AAAAUAUGCUGUCACCAAUCAAAAUCAUGCUCCAUACUCCAGUCCAGUAGGUGGCGGGAAUGCACCUUUAAGUGGGUUUGUCAACCGCAAUUAAAAAAAAGAGAAGAAGGCGGCCUGCUGCGGCUUGCGCAUGCGCACAUCAGGAUGUUGACGAAGAGUCGAUGUUGUGUUUCUCUCGCUUAUUCUUGCGUUGUAAACGGACGCUGCACUGGAGCCACAGGUGCCGUUUCCCCGCAGAAGAGGUGCAGGAGUCACGCGAGCGAAGAAAACAUGGUGUUAAAAAUCGCCAAACUGACGGAGAACGCCACGACACCGACUCGAGGAUCGAACCUAGCUGCGGGCUACGACUUGUACAGUGCGUAUGAUUACAGCGUUGCUCCUAUGGAUAAAGUUCUGGUGAAGACGGAUCUCCAGAUCGCGGUUCCGCACGGAUAUUACGGCAGAGUCGCUCCUCGCUCAGGUCUGGCGGUGAAGAACUUCAUUGAUGUUGGUGCCGGUGUAGUGGAUGAGGACUACAGGGGGAAUCUGGGAGUUGUGCUGUUUAAUUUUGGCAAAGAGCCUUUUGAAGUAAAGAAAGGCGACCGCAUCGCUCAGCUCAUCUGUGAGAGGAUUUGUUACCCGGAGCUGCAGGAGUUAAAGACACUGGAUGAAACUGAGAGAGGUGUGAACGGCUUCGGCUCUACUGGCACAAACUAAACCAUCGGUUUCUGAUUUUAAAUAUGUAAAAUAAAAGUGAUGAAAUAUACAUUGUACUACAAUUGUUUACUAGGAGUCAUUUUUAUGCUUGGUUAAGUGUUAGUAGUGUUUGAUCUGUUUUGAAUUCAUUUACAUGAUCUAUAUGUCCAAUAAAAAAGAUUUACUUUGUAGACGA